AAGAUGUCUGGUCGCGGGAAAGGUGGCAAAGGGCUGGGAAAGGGAGGCGCUAAGCGGCACCGGAAAGUUCUCCGGGAUAACAUCCAGGGCAUCACGAAGCCCGCCAUCCGCCGGCUCGCUCGCCGAGGUGGUGUCAAGCGCAUUUCUGGGCUCAUCUAUGAGGAGACCAGGGGAGUCCUGAAAGUCUUUCUGGAGAACGUGAUCCGCGAUGCGGUGACUUACACCGAGCACGCCAAGCGCAAGACGGUCACCGCCAUGGACGUGGUGUACGCGCUGAAACGCCAGGGCCGCACCUUGUACGGCUUUGGCGGCUGAGCAGUUUCUGCGGCUUCUUUUCGAACUCAUAAAGGCCCUUUUAAGGGCCCCCAGAACGUCAAGAAAAGAGCUA